AUGGACCCUGACAAGGCGCCUGGCUAUGACCCCAUAGCAGAGGAGUUCGAAACGUACGAGGACUAUUUGGACAGCCAGAUAAAUGGGACAGACAUGUAUUACCUCGAAAACAUCGAACUGGCGCGGCAGCUCGUGGAGCUCGGCAUCCGAGGCAACGGUGAGGUGAUCAAGCGGGAGGAGUUUGAGCAGCGCAAGGCGGCGGCGGAGGCAGUGCGCGAGGCGCGGCUCAACCGGAAGCCGAAAAAGCUGGCAAGCCAGGGCAAGGACCUGACGGGCUGCCCGCUGCUGCAGGCUCUGCGCGACCGGGAGGAAGCAGUGCGCAACGGCAAGCUCUGCACCAUCAUCUUCAUCCGUGACCGCAACGCGCGCGGCCAGGAGGUUAGCGGCUAUAUUGACUACGGCCACCGCCUUGCUGCAGACGGCGGUGGCGGCAUGGAGGCCAUCUUUGCGCGAAAGAAGCGGCUGAUGCCCCGCCCCACAGACCUCAGCUUUUACAACUGGGAGACCCACCUGGCCACCGCAAACCCGACGCCAAACUUCCAGGCAGGUCCCUGCUGGUGCAAGGGUUUGCUCAUGCUGUCCUUGCUUGCCGUGGCUCAGCGGGUGAUGGCGGAGGACGUGCACGGCGUGAUGUUCAAGAGCAAGCGCGACCGCAAGGUCAUCGACGUCGACCCCAGGUCGCCCCCCGGCGACAACAGCAGCCGCAGCGAGCUGGCGACGGAUGAGUACACGCAGGUGGUGCUGUACGACCAUGUGACGCGCCGGCGCGCGUGA